GCCUAUAUAGAUUCAAGUGUAAUAAUCGGACAGGCUGGCGAUGUCGAGAAAGAAUCAGGGUCGUAUGAAAAUAUCAAGUACAUGAAAUGUGAACCCAAGAAUAGUUUCUUCCCCGAUCUCUCGAAAACCGCUAGAACAGAUGUUAUCUUCUUCUGCUCUCUAAACAACCCCACUGGCCAUGCAGCAUCUCGUCAGCAAUUAGAACAAGUCGUUCGAUUCGCACAAGAGAAUGGAUCCAUCAUCGUAUACGACUCGGCAUAUGCUGUUUAUAUUUCUGAUGAAAGUCCUCGUUCGAUAUACGAAAUUCCCGGGGCUGAAAAGGUUGCUAUAGAAGUCUCAUCCUUCUCCAAGAUUGCUGGAUUUACCGGGGUCCGCCUAGGCUGGACCGUAGUGCCAAAGGAGCUCUUGUAUUCGAAUGGAUUUCCUGUAAUAAACGACUUCAACCGAAUUGUCUGUACAUGCUUUAAUGGAGCUUCGAGAAUAGCUCAGGCAGGUGGGCUAGCUAGCUUAUCUAAAGAGGGUUUCAAGGUCACGGUAAUCUCACUUAUCGACUACUACAAGGAGAAUGCCGAGAUUCUGUUGGAAACUUUUAAGUCGAUGGGGUUGAGAGUUUACGGAGGCGUAAACGCGCCGUAUCUUUGGGUACAUUUCCCCAGUUCGAAUUCUUGGAACGUGUUUGGUGAAAUUCUCGAGACGCACAUAAUUACAGUUCCCGGGAGUGGAUUUGGUCCAGCUGGGAAAGAGUUUAUAAGGGUUACUGCAUUCGGUCAAAGAGAAAACAUACUUGAAGCUUCGAGAAGGCUAAGGAGCUUUCUCUAACGCAUACGU